UUUUUCCAUCACAUGACACAUGACCUGUGAAAAUGGCGAAGACAGGAAGAGACCUGCUAGAUCUGUCGUCAAUGAAUGGGCCUUUAAACGAUGCUGCAGCACAGAAAACACACCAACUCGCAAUAACAAGAGACUAUAUUUCUCAGCCCAGGUUGACAUACAAGACAGUGUCUGGUGUAAAUGGACCACUGGUUAUCUUAGAUGAUGUCAAGUUCCCCAAGUUUGCCGAGAUUGUCAACUUGACCCUGGCUGAUGGCAGCACUCGCAGUGGGCAGGUCCUGGAAGUCAGCGGUUCCAAGGCUGUGGUUCAGGUGUUUGAGGGUACUUCUGGAAUUGAUGCAAAACACACCACAUGUGAAUUUACUGGAGACAUUUUAAGAAUGCCUGUAUCAGAGGACAUGUUGGGUCGUGUCUUUAAUGGUUCUGGUAAACCAAUAGACAAAGGGCCUCCUGUGUUAGCGGAAGACUUCUUAGAUAUACAAGGUCAGCCCAUCAACCCCUGGUCACGUAUCUAUCCUGAGGAGAUGAUCCAGACUGGUAUCUCAGCCAUUGACUGCAUGAACAGCAUUGCUCGUGGGCAGAAAAUUCCUAUCUUCUCAGCUGCUGGGUUGCCACAUAAUGAGAUCGCUGCUCAGAUUUGUCGCCAAGGUGGUCUGGUCAAGCUCCCAACCAAGAGUGUUAUGGAUGACCAUGAGGACAACUUUGCUAUUGUAUUUGCUGCUAUGGGUGUGAACAUGGAGACUGCUAGAUUCUUCAAACAAGAUUUUGAAGAGAAUGGCUCUAUGGAGAAUGUCUGUCUGUUCUUGAAUCUGGCUAAUGAUCCCACGAUAGAACGUAUUAUCACUCCUCGUAUUGCUUUGACCACAGCUGAGUUCUUGGCUUACCAAUGUGAGAAACACGUACUGGUUAUUUUGACAGACAUGAGUUCCUAUGCAGAGGCUUUGAGAGAGGUGUCUGCUGCUCGAGAGGAAGUCCCAGGUCGUCGUGGUUUCCCAGGUUACAUGUACACAGAUUUGGCCACUAUUUACGAGAGAGCUGGUCGUGUGGAAGGACGUAAUGGUUCCAUUACCCAGAUUCCAAUCUUAACUAUGCCUAACGAUGAUAUUACUCAUCCCAUCCCUGAUUUGACUGGUUACAUCACAGAGGGCCAGAUCUAUGUAGACAGGCAGCUGCAUAAUAGACAGAUCUAUCCACCAAUCAAUGUGCUACCCUCACUGUCUCGUCUGAUGAAAUCUGCCAUUGGUGAGGACAUGACAAGAGAGGAUCAUGCAGAUGUGUCUAACCAACUGUAUGCUUGCUAUGCUAUUGGUAAGGAUGUUCAGGCUAUGAAGGCUGUGGUAGGUGAAGAGGCUCUCACAUCUGAAGAUCUUCUUUAUCUGGAAUUUCUCAAUAAGUUUGAGAAGAAUUUCAUCUCUCAAGGUAAUUAUGAGAAUCGAACCAUUUUUGAGUCAUUGGACAUAGGAUGGCAGCUGUUGCGAAUCUUCCCGAAAGAAAUGUUGAAGAGAAUCCCACAGAAAACCUUAGCAAAGUAUUACCCCAGAGAUGCUCAAAGAAGUUAAUCAUAACUGCAUGUACACACUACACAACAUUGACAUACUUAAUGUUGAAAAGAACACCCGUUUUCAAGUGAACGAUUGCAGGGGAAUAUACAUGUAUUGUAAAGGGAAACCUAACUUUAACCUACACAUAGUGUACAUCAUAGACUGAAAUCACUGCAGUAUAUGGUCAGUAGAUAUAAAGAACAAGUCUUUCUUUAUGUAUUGUGUUUAUAGUUAUUUAGGGGAGGGGGUGUAAAAGUGGGAGGUAGUUAAUUCAACCAGUAACAAGGUUCAGUUAUGUGUCUACCAUAUGCAUGGUUACAUAACAGCUAAAAUUUAUGAGAAGGAAAGAGAAUGAGACAGUGUGUCAUGUUUUUGUUUCGUCUAGCAGAUGUUAAAAAUGUAUAUAGAGACGUGAAAUAAAAUGUGGUUGUGGUUAGUUACUGUGGUGCAAUGGGCAUCUUGAUGUUAUCAAUCAUGUUGUCUAGCUUUUCAGCUGCUUGGCUACCUGAAGAGAGAAAGAAACAAAACCAAAUGAUUUUCUAAUAGAUAUUUCAUAGGUUAUCAUUCAAUAAGUAUAAUGUGACAAAUAUUACAUAUUUUGAAAUAUGCCAAUGCUUUCCUUUAAUAUGUCAGAAAUUUUGUUUAUUAUGUGAAGUGCAAUAUACACAUUUUGUAAAACGCAAAAAAUUUCCUUUCAGUAAGAAUUUCUGACAAAUCCUUUCUUAUAUGGAACAUUUGUGUGGGCUCUAAAUUAAUCUUAAACCUAAAAUGGUCCAUCUGCAUCAUGAUGGUGAAGAUACAUUACUUGUGAAGCUGGAUACAAAUAUGGAAAGAUUUUGACUUUGAAAUUUAGUCCUAAUAAAAGUUAGUAAUUAAAUGUUCAUGUUUGUAUUAUGAUAUGUGAUGUCAAAACAAGAAUGGCUUAAAUACUGGACUUGUACCUGUAAAUACUAUAGACAAUAAAUUUGUGGAUCAAA